UCAUGUCCGGCAUUAGUACUUCUACCUUUACGACACCUACCGGAAAGGACACAACCGGAGAGGACACGACACUUACCGGAAAGGACAAUACCCCUAGUACUCAAUGAUAGGGACCGGCAUCCUCCAAUACAACUGCGGUAAUGCGAACAACGACAAGGCUAGGGCUACCUUCGACUCGAUUGACCCUACCCGGUUCCCUAUACUUGCAAUUCAGGAACCGAUGGUCGCCGAAACCAAACCAACAGUCACCUAUACACCAAAGAAUUUUCGCCCAAGCCGACCUAUAUACUACGGUAUACGGGUCGUCUUCUUUAUCCACGAUAAGAUCCUUCUUACAGCUUGGGAAUCAAAGCGAGCCUCCGACCACAUCGAAUGGAUCCGCGUUAUAACGCGUGACGGACCCCUCAACCUCGUUAACGUAUAUAAUCCACCAGGGCACGUAGGCCAGCCACAGCUUGAGAAGUGGCCGGAGAUCGCAGAAAUUCUCUGCGAAAUUGGCCAAGAGAACGUUAUCCUCCUAGGGGACUUUAACUGCCAUUACCCAGCCUGGGGUGGAACCGGAACCCUAAAGGAGCUAAAGGUAGACUACCUACUUCUCCAAACCGAGCAAGCUAACCUCCAGCUCCUCAACGAGCAAGGGGUAAUAACAUAGAAGCGGAACCAAAGCCAGUCGGUCAUUGACCUAGCCUUUGCCUCGCCGGAGAUCGCCUUACGGAUCCUCCUCUACUACCUACGGCCGGAGUGGUCUACUACAAAGGACCACUUUCUAAUCGAGAUCUAACUGGAUGCUAAGGUUUCCUCAUACCAGACGAGCCCAAGGUUCAUACUCAAGGAUGCCCCGUAGGAAAAAAUCCGGGAAGAUGUCUCUAGCUCCUAGUGGUAUGUGCCAGAACCCCAUACUGCGAUUGACAACCUUAUUAGACUUCUUUACGGCACCUUGGACAAGCACUGUAAACGGGCGCGACCUUGUGACUGGUCUAGACCGGAGUAGUCACCAUAGGCAGCAGAGU